CUCAGAAUCCGAGCCUCGUUGGGUGUGGCGAACGGCAUGCUGUCGUUGCCGUGGAAUCGAUUGCGCACCGCGGCAACCACGAAGGAGGAGAGGUCGCCAACAUCGUCGUCGUCGUCAUCCACGCUCUUGUCUGAGUUCCGCGAGAGUGCUGAGAGACCAUUGUUGUCCACAGAGCGUCGCGACGAGUUGCUCCAACUCGCCCGCGCCAAACGGAUAGCAUGGGUCGAAGGAACCGGAACGGGACGGCGUCGACGAGGCUCGGAUUCGUUCAAGACGAGCAACGUUCCCAGCCAUGUGAUUGAGUUGAUGAAGUGUGCUGAUGACGUGGUGCAUUUCAUGGACACCUUCGAUGUUGUCGCCACCCACCCUCCAGUGGCGCGGGACGCGGCAAGUGCAUCAUCGAAUGCGUCGACAAUCUCUAUUCUGCAAGAAAUUGUCGCGCAGAGCGAGGUUCCUCCCAAAGACGCUGUAGGUUGUACGGACCUGCCGCCACUACGAUUGGACCCAACGUUCCAGCGAGCCUACAACCAGCUGCUCGAUGUUCUCAGACACCCCGACGCCGCUGAUCUGGUGCACUCGAUCCAAGGCUUUGUCAAGUCUAUGCACGAGGCAUCGUCCCGCAAGUCAUCUAAUCCCUCGAACGGCGGCGAGAAGGUCCACAAUUUCAUCGCGCAUUUUCUCCAUUUGAUGCAGUUGUCGCCGUUAAUCAAGAAACUGGAGCAACAAGAAGCACUGCCGGACCUCCGGGAUCAAGGCAUGCGCCGUGAGACUCUCGAGGCUUUCCUCAUGGAGAAGCUGCAUGGCGCAGUGUUUGGCGCACGGCCCCAGGAGGACGCGAACCUGUCCGCCCGCAUCGCUUCGCUCGGGUUUCUCUCGUUCCAGCAUUUGGACAUCACCGCGACUUCGGACUUGGCGCGAUGGACCCUCAUUCAAGCGCGGCUGAUGGAAUUGCCGCGAUACUUGAGUCCCCGACGGCAAAUGGCAUGCAUUCUCCAAGUGUGCCACGAUCUCACGCACCUGUUGAAGGACCACUUGGGCGGUAAAUACCCCGGCGCGGACGAGUUCUUGCCCGCGCUCAUCUACACGAUCCUGAAAGCGAAUCCACCGCAUUUGCACAGCACGGUCGAGUACAUUCAAACGUAUCGCCACCCGUCCAAACUCCUCUCGGAGCCGGGGUACUUCUUCACUCAUCUCGUGUCGUCCUUGAGCUUUUUGGACCACUUGGACGACUCGGGCUUGUCGAUUUCGGCGGAAGAGUUUCACGACGGGCUCAAAGCGUCCACGAGGGAUUUGCACGCGGCUAUGCCAUCCACGGGACGCAUGGAAGCCAACGACAGCGCAGCGCAGGACACGGAUAGCUGUCCGAACGACUGCUCCCUUGACACCGCCCCGCUCUCUGUCCUCGACGUGUGGAAUCGCCGACGAAAGGCCAUUGCGACCCACACCUCCCCGCUCUUCACAUUUCGCUGGCCCUCCGUGGACGUCCCGACCACAACCACCGACUCGUUCAUGACUGCAACGCCAAACGACCUACGGCUAACCGACGUACCCGACCUCCUUGCCCAGUACAAGCUCCUCCACGUCAUAUGCCAACAGCAUGGGUUCGUACAACCGAAGAAUAUUUAACACGAAAUGCAGAGUACCAUGCCA